GCAGCCGGGCUGGCCAAGGAGCUCCAGCUCCCCCCCAAGUUGGCUUCGCUCCGCAGCUGGGAGCAGAGUCUGGAGCCCCCUUCCCCGGUGCAUGGAGCAGGGCACUGCCGGAGCCCCUGGGCUGCAGCAAUUUGCCUAGUAGGAGAGGUCCUUGGCUGGGUUCAGGAUGGAUCCGCUCUUCCCCGCUCACCUUUUCGAAGACCCCGACUUGCGGAAGCUGCUGAACGAAUCCUCCAUGCUGAACCUGAGCUUCCCCCCCAGCUACUGGUUUAACAACGGCACAGGGGACAGCUUUCUGCCCCUGGGCAUGAAGAUCACCAUUGUGGUCGUCUACUCCAUCGUGUGCAUAGUGGGGCUGGUGGGCAACUGUUCGGUCAUGUAUGUGAUUGUCAGAUUCACUAAGAUGAAGACAGCUACCAACAUUUACAUCUUCAACCUCGCCUUGGCAGACACCCUGUGCCUGAUGACCUUGCCUUUCCAAGGGACUGACACGUUCCUAGGGUUCUGGCCCUUUGGAAAUGUUCUCUGCAAGAUCGCCAUCUCCAUUGACUACUACAACAUGUUCACCAGCACCUUCACCCUGACCAUGAUGAGCGUGGACCGGUACAUUGCUAUCUGCCACCCUGUCAAGGCUCUGGAUAUCCGCACGGCCCACAAGGCCAAAGUGGUCAAUGUCUGCAUCUGGGCUCUGGCCUCAGUCUUUGGCAUCCCAGCGAUGGUGAUGGGAUCAGCGGAGAACGAUGAUGGCGAGAUAGAUUGUCUCAUCAAGCUCCCUUCCCCUGUGGGCUACUGGGAUCCAGUCUUUGGGGUCUGCAUCUUUCUCUUCUCCUUCAUGAUCCCCGUGUUGAUCAUAACCAUUUGCUACAGCCUCAUGAUCCGGCGCCUGAAGAACGUCCGAGUCCUCUCGGGCUCCAAAGAGAAGGAUCGCAACCUGCGCCGCAUCACUCGCAUGGUUCUGGUGGUGGUAGCCGUCUUCAUUAUCUGCUGGACGCCCAUUCAGAUCUUUGUGCUGGUCCAGUGCCUGGGUGCUAAGGCUGAAAGCGAGCUGGAAUUGGCCAUCUCCUGCUUCUGCACAGCCCUGGGCUACGCCAACAGCAGCUUGAACCCCGUUCUCUAUGCCUUCUUGGAUGAGAACUUCAAGAAGUGCUUCAAGAAGUUCUGCUUCCCCACCGCCUUCAGGACAGAGCUCCAGAUGUCCAACAGGAUGUGCAGCAUUGCCAAGGAUGUGGCUUAUGCCUGCAAGAACUCAGAGGGGACUAACAAUCCGGCCUGACUAGGCCAGGAAAUCCCGAUGAUGGCUGCCAGUCAGAAAAGUCCAACCACCCCCACUUCAGAGAUAACUCAGAUAACAGCCCUUUGACAGUGGCUUUCCUACCCAGAGUUGCAGACUGGAAACCUAGGAGGCAGCAUGGGGGGAGGGAAUAUACAGGACUGCAAAAGCAUACAGAAAAGGAAGUCGUUCUGACGCAUUUUUAACGAAACCAGCCUCUCCAUUUAAAGACUGUGUUUUCACUUGACUCUAUGAUUCCUAAAGGACGCCAACGUGGUGUGUUGUGCAUAGGGGUGGUAAAGCAUUCAAGAAGUAGAGGGUUGAAAUCCCAGGGCUUAUUUUGCCAUUGCUCUCGGGGAUGCAGACAGAAUGCAAAUCACUUUUGCUUGACUGGAUUCGAUGGAUCAUCAAAUCGGGUGGAUUGCAGACUGAGAAUUUUAUUGCUACUGCAGCACUCUGAAUUUCAGACUUCAUUGAAGCCAAAGCAAGGAACGGCAGCAAAAUGCAACACAAAGAUAAUUUCCAGAAUUAUUCAUUGGCUGCAAAGGAAAAAAAAGAAACAGUCAAACACUCCAGCCAGCAGACAGAGAAGAGCUGGCUGCUCCACUGCAUGGCUGGAAGUGUUGGAUCAAGACUGCUUAACAAGAAAAGCAUAAAUGUCGGUGAAUGACUGUAUAGAAUAAAACCAUGUGCCUCAGAGGUGGAAAGGCAGGGAUAGUAAAAAGUGACCGACACCAGCUGUUAUGGGGUGAAAGGGAAGAUAAAUGAAGACUCAUGUGAACAAGCUGGUGUUGGUUUUUUUCCUAUGUUUUCAGCUUAAGGAGGUCUGGUUGUGCGUGUGUGUGUGUGUGUGUGCAUGCAUGCAUAGGCACACAGAGACACAUCUAUAAGGUACAGCUACAGAUACAUCACUAGGGCAUCACCUUAGCAAACAGAGAUCUCUCCCAGCAGAGGUGAGAGGAGAGGGGAAUGAAUGAUGGGGCUUAAUCUGGAAAGACGAGGGUCUUUGAGUAAAUGUGAUAUCUUAAUUUGGCAGGCAAGGUUCUUUGAGUAGAUGUGAUAUAUUUUAUUAGACCAACUGAGUAGUUGGAAAAAAGCUCAAAAACCCAGCAUAUCUUAAUCUGGAAAGACAUUUGGGGUUAGGGCCAUGUUAUGCAAGGUCCUUCAAGAAACACUUGUUUUCACGGCAGGACAUCUAAUGCUCCAAGCCACCCUGCUAUUCUUGUGUCGUAGGGACAGACAGAAAGCUGAGGGGAAGAGACUCUUUCACCUGAAGUGCUUGGGGGAGAUGGUUCCUAGGUUAAUGGACACCUCUCCAGUUGCACAUUGAUUUUUCUGACAGCAGGCUUGCAACCACAAGCCAAAUCGUCCGCUCUGUUGGGUCAAUUGGAGAGGAAAGCAAAGAGCGCGACCCUUCCGCGGUGCCUGUGAAACUAGAAUUUCUUCCCUUUCCAUAGCACAAGAGUCCGGGAGGAGAUUGGCAAUGGUGGCUAAGGAACUACCCGCCCGCGCUGCGAGGAGCGGAGCUCAUGUCAGACUCUUAGGAGCGGCCUUUCCUGCUCUCUCCGCAGCUUGUACAGAUUUCAUGUGAAUUUCCCGUGCUCUGUUCAAUGAAACGAUGCAUUUCCUAUGCGUUGAUCUGCUGCCAUUUUAAUGCCGUAUUGUUCUUUAUAUACCUUGUAUGACAACACAAUGUUGUAUUUCCAUGUUGCUUGUUUUCGCCUUAGGGUCAGGCUUGAAACACAAAUGAAAUGCCUGGGUCCCCCAGGUAGAAACCGGACCUUUGUAAACUAUGCUACACGGGGCUAGAAGGAAUCCUGCCCUUAACAGAAGCAAAACUUUUGCAAUUGCAAACUUUUGCAUUUAAGAUUUUCUUUAAAAGAACUGGGUGGGGGUGGGGGGGAGGCACAGCAAGCACUUUGCAUUGGAGAGUAAUCACCAAACAAUCACACUGGUCAUGGGGACAUGCAACGAUCAUCCUGAAUAAAACACCAAGCAUGCUGAGAAGGAACACCUACGACCCCUUAUCUUGAAGGCACUGCUGGCUAUCUGCACCGUGCCUUUUGAAGAUAGAAAUAUAUUUGGGCAGGGGGUUACCUGUACAUAACACCACUCUUAUUCAAGGAGAAAUCUUGGUUUUCCAAGCCAUCAAGUUGCUCCCUCAUCUGACAGUUUUUAAACGUUUGCACCCAAAAUGUGACGGGGUUGACACGGCUGCAGGUUCUGUUUCCGAAAUGUUGAUGAGGGAGGGGAGACUCAAGUGAUGGUGGAAUAAAGAGCAUCCACGUUCCUUUUCUAGUGAGAUCUUUCAAUAUUUUAUGUCCUUUAAAAAGAGAGAGAAAAAAAGAAAAGACCUGUGAUUUCUUCAGUCGUUCAGAAGAUGCAAACUAGAAAGAAUGGUAUUUUUUUAAUAAUGUGAUUUUUGUUAAACUAUGCUGCAGCAAUCCUACAGAAGCAAAUUACUCGAUACGUGUCUCUUUACUCUGCUUUUGGAUCAUUCGUGGCAUUUUGCAGUGAACGUGUUAGAUAUUCUGAUGUGUGCUCAGUGGAACUUGUUGUAAGAAGAGCAACAAUGACGACAGCAACGACAACAAAAGCUUUAUCAUCUGGUGCCUCUGGAAUGAAAGGGCCAUGAUUGGCUGGCUGGCUGAAAUGCAAAAGCUCUUGUAUUAUCUUUGGAAAUGGUUGUAACGAGAUGAUUGAGCUUCUGGCGAUGGCAGUGUAAAUGACUAUGUUUCUAGGUGGCUACUUGUGCUUUAAUAAAGGGAAAUAAACUCCUGCACUUUCAA